UAAUUUAAAUAUUGAUUGAAAAUUGGAAUUUAUGAGUUUUAUGAAUUCUAUUAUAUUAUCAGUCAUCAGUGUACAUAAUAAAAUUGAUGAUUAGAUUGUAUUAACCUUGACUACUUGUCGUCAGUUACGAUUCCCCAUCCCCUUAAUAUCUGGUGCUUUCAUAUACAGGAUUUAGGACAUGGAAAAUCUAAGGAUUUAUGUUUCCACAUAUAAUGUGGGCACAAGUUAUCCCGAUCAAGAACUGAGAGAACUACUGUCUCUGACAAAUCAAAAGAGUGAUAAAAUACCUGACUUUUUCAUAUUGGGAUUUCAAGAAGUGAAGGCACAGCCCCAGAAUAUGUUGAUGGAUACUUUGUUUGAUGAUCCAUGGACAACUGCUUGUAGAGAAGUCCUCAAGAAAAAUUACAUACAACUCAAAUCAGUCAGAUUGCAGGGCUUGCUGCUUUUAGUAUUUGGUCUACGGAAACACCUUUUGAACAUCAGAGAUAUUGAAUCUGAGUAUACAAGAACUGGCUUAGCAGGCAUGUGGGGUAACAAAGGAGCAGUGAGCAUAAGAUUGAGCAUUUAUGGAUGUUCAAUAUGUUUUGUCAAUUCUCACCUCAGUGCUCAUGAUAAUCAGUUGAAAGAUAGAGUUGAUGAUUAUAAUAACAUAAUUGCAGAACAAGAGUUCCAUGUGAAUGAAACUUCAAAAAUAUUUUAUCAUGACUAUGUCUUUUGGUUGGGAGACCUUAAUUUCCGCCUAUUGGAAGAAUAUGACAAAACUCCAGAUGAGAUUGAGAGGAUGGUUGUGAAGAAGGAAUUGAAAACUUUAUUUGAACAUGAUCAGCUGAGAGCUGUGAUGAAGAAGGGAGAGGCUUUCAGUGAACUCACUGAACAAGAUCCUGAUUUUCCACCUACUUUUAAGUUUGAAGUGGGAACUCCCUGCUAUGAUCACAAGAGGAGACCAGCUUGGUGUGAUAGAAUAUUAUAUUGUGUCAACAGCAACAAUUAUGAAAAUGUAACACUUAAAGUUGAUCAGCUGUCAUAUAAGUCUCAUCCCAUUUACACAUUGAGUGACCAUAUACCAGUUACAGCAGAUUUCAUGAUCAAAAUUCCACAACAGGUUCAAAAGAUAAUGAAGGAACCCUCAAUGCAACUGUCUGUUGACCAGGUAUUUUCAGAUUACUCUGAAUGUGUGAUUCAAUUUCAAGAAAUCGUCAGCUGGAAAGCCGAUGACGAGAAUAAGACUUGUUAUACGGUGACGAAGGCUAUUCCUGAGACGGAAGAAGAUUGGAUCGGUCUUUUCAAGGAAAACUUCAGUUCCUUAGAUGAUUAUGUUACAUACGAGUACGUGAGUAAAUGCGCAACACUCGACCGAACGUUGAGUGUAAGUGCGCCAGAAGGUGACGGCAGCAGCACUGUCGAAUAUAACUCCUUCAACCGACCCAGGAAGUACGAGGUGACAUUCCCGGAGCUGCCCAAUCCACAGAAGAUCAAAUACUGUUUGGUUUACUUCAGUCAAUCUGAGGAUAAGGUAACCAGCGUAUUGGGUGUGAGCAACGCCUUUCCAUUCCAUUGAAUGGUACCAGUGAUUUUCCUCCAUAGGCACGCUAUUGCUUCUGCUUGUUAGUGUAAAGUUGAAAUGUUAUUAUAUCUACAGAGUUUAUAUACCUUAUUCUAGAAGCGCAGUUGUUUUUGGCAGUUCUAUACCAAAAUAAUAUUAAUAUACUUCAAUAAUAUUAAGCCGAUGAUAACAAGUUGUGUAGAAGAUUUCGUAGUGACUGUUGGUGAUGGCUAAAUUCCAUACAAUACCUUGUAUAUUGAUUCUGUAAGGGGAAAAAACAAUACUUGUUUGAUCAAAUGACCUUAUUUCAAGUGGAGUUCAAUAAUAGUUAUGUUCCACGGCUUGUUCUCAAGAUAUGUACCCCAAAGUUACAUAAUAAUUUUGAGAGGAAAGAUGAUCAUGCAUGUCUGUGACUUUCACAUUAGAAUUGCAAAUACUUCAAGUUAAUUUCAAGGUAUGAUGUGAUAAUGGAGAACCUGAUAUCCACAUGUACCAAAUGCAGUGGCGGCUCGUGACUUUCAUGACAGAGGAGGCUGAAUGAUAUGAGAUUUAUUGUGAAAAACAACUCUCUACGACUCACCCAAAUCAA